AUGCCUGGAAACUUUGCCAAAUUGUCCGGCCCUUUGUACUCGGCCAUUCGAGCCCGUCUAAACCCCAAACCCAGUCCAGAUACUGCCGCUGGAACCGUCACCGCCAAACCGGACGAAGCCGUCGCACCUCUGAAGACACUGAGCAACCUCCCGAGCGUGCCCCUCGAUGUCUCUUGCUAUGGCGACGCGCUGUGUGAGACAUGCACGCAAAUCAACGUGUCCAAACGCCGCUUUUUUGUCCUGCCGGGUGACCCUGAGCACGGUGCUGAGGACCAACCGGACGGCGAGCCCCGCGACCUGGGCCCUCUCGCCGACAUGGCCACGCGCACGUCCUGCCCUCUGUGCCGCCUGAUCUACGUCACAGUGGGCGGCGAUCGCCUGCCGACCAAAGAGCGGGGCCUGGCCGUGCACGUCAGCUGCAACUGGGGCACGACCGGUCCACAGGACCCGGCCGCGCCGUGGGUGCGCACGCCGGCCGUACGGGUGCUCCGGCUGUCGGCGCAGACGUCGGACCAGAAGUACCUCCAGGCGAUGGGCAUGUUCUUCCCCGAGAUCACCAUGCUGGCCGCCGAUAUGCCGGCCACGCCGUACGCGGGGACGCAUCCCGACGCCGCAAGUCACCUCGUGCGUCUGCGCACGCCCGGCCGCAUUGACUUUGACCGCGUGCGGCAGUGGCUCGCGCUCUGCCAGGCGCACCACGGCAAAACGUGCCGCGCCAACCCGCUGCUCGCGCUCAACGCGCUGGGGCGCGACCACACGCACCCGGCCGACGCGGUGCCCGAGUUCCGGUGCGUCGACGUCGAGCGCAUGUGCUUGGCGCGCGUGCCGGCGGGCGCGGCGUACGCGGCCCUCAGCUACGUAUGGGGCCGGCGGGCGUUUUACUGCACGAAGCGGGCGGCCGUGGCCGAGCUCGAGCAGCCGGGCGCGCUGGCGCUGCUGGGUGACCACCUGCCGCCGACGAUCCGGGACGCGCUGCACGCGGCGCGCGAGCUGGGGCUGGCGUACCUGUGGAUCGACACGCUGUGCAUUGUGCAGGACGACGUGGAGGUCAAGAUGGCGACGAUUGGCAAGAUGGACCUGUUGUACUGCGCGGCCGAGCUCGUGAUCAUUGCGGCGGGAGCGGGCGACGCGUACGCGGGCCUGGCCGGCGUCGGCGGCCGUGGCGGCCGGCCGCGCCAGGCCAUUGAGCAGAUGGCACCCGGAUUCCGUCUGGCGGCCAACGCGCGCUGGCAGGACUUCAUCAGCGACUCGCUGUACUACACGCGCGGCUGGACGCUGCAGGAGGACCACUUUGCCAUGCGGUCGCUCGUCUUCAUCGGCGGCACGGCCGUCUUCCGCUGCCGCACCGCGGACGCGUGGCAGGAGCAUGUGUUUGAGCCCGCGGACGAGCUUCGCACACAGGACGGCCGGGAUGAGGCCGACGAAAACGACGACGACGAUGAACUCAACGACAUUGGGACGAUGGAAGAGUUUAUGAACUCGUACUCGGAGCGCCAGCUGUCGUUUGGCGCGGACCUGUACCAUGCCUUUGCCGGGAUGGCGCGGCAGCUCAUGGUGCAGUACAACACCGACCUGUGCCACGGCCUGCCCACGCGCUUCUUCGACUGGCAUCUGCUGUGGGACGGCGGCAGCCACACGCACCACGUUCGGUGCCUGGGCGGCGGCGGCGGCGACACCCGGGGCCCCAGCUGGUCGUGGUCGGGCUGGACGGGCGGCCGCAUCUCUGCGCACAUCUGGGACUGGUACACGCGGGACAUUGGCAUGGUCGACGAGGCCAUCGGCACGCGGACGUGGAUUGUGUGGUACCACCGCGUGGCCCACGACUCGGCCGAGUGUGUUCCGCUGGUCAGGCACAUGCAGGGCAGCGCUGGCUCGGAUGGCGAGGAAGAGAGUGGCAGCGGCAGCGGCCCAGCAGCGCCUUACCACGCGUGCAACCUCUACGGCAGCGCGACGCAGACGGAUCGGCGCUUCCCGGGGCUGGACCGCGUGCAGACUAACCCGACACCGAUGCAGCUGUGGGCGGCGUAUCCCACCUACGUCAGUGAUACGCUGAGCGAGAAUCCGGGCUCGGGCUUUUUGCAGUUCUGGACAGUGUCGGUUCUGCUCACGAUUGAUGAUCCAGACGGUGUACAGAGGUCAGACACGGAGCCUGAUAUGCUCGACGGACAGCACCGGCGCCUUGGUGUGUUUGGGAAGAGCGGCACCCAGCUGGGUACCGUCGUCGUCGAGCCGGACUGGCUCGCGAGCCAAGAGGCGACAAACGGCGGCGGGACGCUGCCCCAGACCCGCGAGUUUAUUCUCCUCUGCGAGGCGCGUGACGAGCGGGCCCCCGGAAACGGCAAUCCUGACCGGCACACGGCUGGCUGGCGGUUCAAGAUGAUGAUGCUCGAGUGGGUGACAUUGGGAGGGGACAAAACGCAGGGCUCGUAUACGUACAAGCGGUGGGCACAGGGCCAAAUCAACGGGCAGGUGGAGGGCACCGAUUCGGACAGCGCCAGUGCGGCGUAUGCCGAGCGAGUGUCUCUUUCGUCGAUUGGCUUUGAUGCCCUGGAUGAAGCGCUCGGUGAUGGGCCGAAGUGGAAGGAGAUUAUUUUGGGAUGA